GAGAAAGGAAGGGGCCGGGCCAUAAAGUCUCGCGGGCGGGCACGGGAGGCGGUUUGAAAGAUGGCGGAUGAGGUGGACCAGCAACAAACAACAAAUACUGUAGAGGAGCCACUUGAUCUCAUCAGACUCAGUCUAGAUGAGCGAAUCUAUGUCAAAAUGAGGAAUGACAGAGAGCUUAGAGGCAGAUUACAUGCGUAUGAUCAGCACUUAAAUAUGAUUUUGGGUGAUGUGGAAGAGACUGUGACUACAAUAGAGAUUGAUGAAGAAACCUACGAAGAGAUUUAUAAAGCACAGAGCAAGUCCCCACAACAGUUAAAGUCAAGCAGUGUAUGUGCCUUGCUUUGUCAGAGGUUAAGAUGCACAAAGUCCAGGCUGGCAACUUUUCUCUGAGAAGAAUUAGCUCAAGAAUUCACCAUUUAGAAUAAAUUGAAGUUGACCACUGUGCUGCUGAGCCCUGCUUGGUGAAGAACAGCCCUCGUGUUGGUUCACAAGGCUGCUGCUGCUGCACCGGUUCAAGUGCUGUCCACUACAUUCACUGGAGGACUUCGUUGCAGUUCAAAUUCAGCAGAGGAGAACAGCCUGCACUUAGGUGGUUUUUUUACAUUAAACUCCUGAAAAGACAAACAUUUCAGUUUAUUUCAAGUCACCACUACUCCUGCCUUUUCUUGGAUCCAUAUAAAUGCAUUUUGAAUCCAGCCUACGUAUUUGAACAAGAUCUAAUUUUGUUCUAAGCCAUGUAGGGUUUGGGGGAUGUUUUCUUUGGUGUUUUUUUAAAGUUGAACGAGGAUUACAUUACAAGUUUCAUUCCUAUUCCCUAGCACAGGACAAGCCCAGGAUUUGGAUAAUACAGUUACAGUAAGCCCUGAGCACUGUGAGCAUUGACAGGCUGCUGCGGGGAUUCGGGCUGGAAAAGCAGGACAGUAUUGAUCAUGUUGGGAGCUCUGCAACAGCACUUUCUCCUCUUGAUGCUUCUGUUUUGUAGAUUUUGUUGGAAAUGUAUCGUUUGAAAUACUUAAGAGAAGGAAACUUGUAAACCUCCUUAUUAGAUUGUCCUUACUAGAGCUAUAGGACUGGGAAGGGUGCUGAUUCAGUGCAA